CCAAAGAAGACGGUGUAGUAGCAGGCGAGCAGCUAGGACCUCUUUGUGUUUUUGUCAUGGCUUUUAUUUGUAGAAAUGCUGCUCGGCUGUUGAAACCCUCUGCAGUAGCACCGACCGUCCUGUCUGCUCUUCGCCUUUACAGCUCAGGUGGUCAGUACGAUUAUAUUGUGGUGGAAAAGCGCGGCGAGAACAAGAAUGUGGGUUACAUCCAGCUCAACCGACCAAAAGCUCUCAAUGCUCUGUGUGACGGACUGAUGAAGGAGGUGGGACAGGCACUGGAUGCUUUUGAAGAGGAUGGAGACAUUGGCGCAGUCGUGAUCACUGGCAGCGACAGAGCGUUUGCUGCUGGGGCAGACAUUAAAGAAAUGCAGAAUCGAACCUUCCAGGAGUGUUAUGGUGGAAACUUCUUGGCUCACUGGAACAGAGUUUCCACAGUGAGGAAGCCUGUGAUUGCUGCUGUCAAUGGAUUUGCUCUGGGGGGAGGCUGUGAAUUGGCAAUGAUGUGUGACAUCGUCUAUGCUGGAGAGAAGGCACAGUUUGGCCAACCAGAGAUCCUGUUGGGGACCAUUCCAGGUGCAGGGGGCACCCAGCGGUUGACCCGUGCAGUGGGGAAAUCCCUGGCUAUGGAAAUGGUUCUAACAGGGGACAGGAUUAGUGCACAGGAAGCUAAGCAGUCAGGUUUGGUGAGUAAAAUUUUUCCUGUUGACCAGCUGGUAGCUGAAGCCAUUAAAUGUGGUGAAAAAAUUGCAGGCAAUUCCAAGCUGGUUUCUGCUAUGGCUAAAGAAGCUGUUAAUGCAGCCUUUGAGCUGACUUUGGCUGAGGGGAAUCGUUUGGAAAAGCGGCUAUUCCACGCCACCUUUGCCACAGAUGACCGGAAAGAAGGCAUGACUGCAUUUGUGGAGAAACGGAAAGCCAGUUUCCAAGACAAGUAGAGACCAGCUGAUGAACACCUUAACCAGGAGGAAAGGUUCCUGAUAUCAGCUGACAUCUUUACCUGCAAUAAAUUGGAUACUGCAAAAGUCCCAAUGACAGUGGAGGUUAAUGUAUAAAUUACAAUAUGUCACAGAGUUGUCCCUCAAGUGUUUUCUGACAGUAGAUCCGGACUGCUUAGGCUUGGUGUCAAAAUCACUUGCAGUUUUUGUGAAGGAUUGCAGUGACUCAAAAGACAUUUUUGGAACACAGAAAUGAGUUUGAUCUACAGACUUUGGCUUUCUUAUUCCUUAUCAAACAUCUGUCUACACUUGUGGGCACCGUCUUUUUUCGCUUGUGUGCAUUUUACAAACUAAUCUCCAGAAUGGAUUUGAUCAUGGAAGAAAAAUGUUUGUGGCAGCUGUUAAUUAAAAUAGUGGGAAGAUAUCGGA